AUGCCUUCGCUCAAGACGUUGUUCGCCUCAGCCGUUUUGGCGUCUCUGGCCAGCGCGAAGACUAUCAAAAUCACAGCUACCAGCGACGACAAGUUCGACCCUGAGGAGGUUGAGGCUGAGAAGGGUGAUGUCCUUGAGUUCCACUUCGAGCCCAAGAACCACAGCGUAGUUGCUGGCGAUUACCGAUACCCUUGCUCUCCUCUCGAUAUGGGCACUGGCUUCUUUUCCGGUUUCGUUCCCACUGACAAUGGAUCUGCCGACAAGAUAUUCAAGGUCACCGUCAAUGAUACGGAUCCUACGCCUUUCUACUCCUCCCAGGGCAAAGAAUGCGCCUCGGGUAUGGUUGGUAUCAUCAACGCCGACUCCAACAAGACUCUCUCCGACUAUAAGAAGCGUGCAUCGGAGCUAAGUUCUGGAGUCAACCCAGGCAAGAAGCCAUUUGGUGGCGAGUUGGUGGACGCUGAUGACGCCGACUCAGAUAGCGACAGCGGCUCCGGAAAGUCCAAGAACGACGACAAUGCUGCUGGUGUCCUUGGUGCUCCUCUCACUGGUCUGGUUGCUGUCAUUGGUCUUGCAGUUAUUAUGGCCUAG